UCCACGACCUCCUGCUUCUCUUCCUCUUCGUCUUCUCUUUCAUUAGUCAUUACCCGCCUUACAUGGCACUCACUAUACUACAACUACCAUACCCCAACAACCAGCGUAUCUUUCCUCUCUCUCUUUCUCUCUUUCUCUCUCUCUCUCUCUCUCAUAACUCUUCCUCCUCUAGAAAAACGCGUUCUUCGGUUUCGCUUCUUGUUUUUACGUUUCUCAUUGUAGACUCUCUUUUUCUAUUUCUUUUUCUCUUUCUAACGGAGUUUGAGGCAAUGUGAGCUUGUAGAAUCCCAGAAAUGCGUUCUUGUUUCUGUUAUUUUGGAAUGUGUUUUCUUAGGGAAUGAUUUGAAGCUGUUUCUAUUGAUCUGUUCCCAGAGAUUGAGCUUCUGUUUCAAUUUUUCAGUGCUAGGGUAUUUUUUGAUAGGAAACUGUGCACAUUUUGGUUUUGUCUUGUUUGGCUUUUCAAGCUGGUCAUGCGAGCUUCAGAUUUUUUUCAAUUGAUUGUUUAAUGGUGUUUGAAUAAUGCCUAGCAUUAGAGCUCCGGCUACCAAGAGAACCACAACCCUCACGGUUGCUGUCAAGUGCAGACCUUUAACGGAGAAAGAACGUGGUCGCGACAUUGUCCGUGUUAAUGACAAUAAGGAGGUGAUUAUUCUGGAUCCUGACCUGUCAAAGGACUACCUUGAUCGCAUACAGAAUCGAACCAAGGAGAAGAAAUAUUGUUUCGAUCACGCCUUUGGUCCUCAUUGUACAAAUUUGGAUGUAUACAAGAGAGGUAUAUCUUCUAUAGUCUCUGGGGUUGUUCAAGGUCUAAAUGCUACCAUCUUUGCCUAUGGUUCAACCGGAAGUGGUAAAACGUAUACAAUGGUUGGGACCCAAGAAGAUCCCGGACUUAUGGUUCUCAGUUUGCAUACAAUUUUUGCUCUUAUAAAAAAGGAUAAGAGCUCUGAUGAAUUUGAAGUCUCUUGUUCCUACCUUGAAGUCUACAAUGAGGUUAUAUAUGAUUUACUUGAGAAAUCAUCAGGUCAUUUGGAACUCCGAGAGGAUCCACAGCAAGGAAUAAUGAUUGUUGGGCUGAGGUGUAUCAAGGUUCAUUCAGCUGAUAAGAUUCUUGAAUUAUUGAACUUAGGAAAUAGUAGACGGAAAACAGAGAGUACAGAGGCUAAUGCAACAUCGUCUCGAUCGCAUGCUGUUUUAGAGAUAACUGUGAAAAGAAAGCAGAGAAACAAGUAUCAAAAUCAAGUCAUGCGAGGCAAACUUGCACUUGUGGAUCUUGCUGGCAGUGAAAGAGCUUCUGAGACAAAUAGUGGAGGACAAAAGCUAAGGGAUGGUGCUAAUAUUAACCGUUCCCUUCUUGCUUUAGCAAACUGCAUUAAUGCCUUGGGGAAACAGCAAAAGAAGGGUCUUGCUUAUGUCCCUUAUCGCAAUAGCAAACUAACACGUAUACUUAAAGAUGGUCUGAGUGGCAAUUCUCAGACUGUCAUGGUAGCUACGAUAUCCCCUGCAGACAAUCAGUAUCAUCAUACCAUAAAUACCUUGAAGUAUGCUGACCGAGCAAAGGAAAUAAAGACACAUAUUCAGAAAAAUAUUGGCAUGAUCGAUACCCAUGUGUCAGAUUACCAGAGGAUGAUUGACAGUCUUCAGACUGAGGUUUGCCGUUUAAGAAAAGAACUGGCUGAAAAGGAAUCCCAACUAAGUGUCAAACCUGCCGAAAAAGCUGUAGAUGAUGAGCUUUCAUGGUUGGACAUUUUAAGUCGUGAAACCAGUGAAAAUGUUCAGGAACGUAUAAACUUACAGAAGGCAUUAUUUGAACUUGAGGAGACUAAUCUACGUAACCGCAUUGAACUCCAACAUCUUGAUGAUGCAAUAGCAAAACAGCAGGCUAUUGAAAGGGAAGGAGCAGUUGUAGAGACUUUGAGAGCAAGGCAACAAGUCAUUCUUGAUAACAUUCGUGACAAUGAUGAGGUUGGCAUCAAUUACCAAAAGGAAAUUGAAGAAAAUGAGAAGCAUAGAUGCCAACUCCAAGAUAUGAUUGAGAAAGCCAUUAGUAAGGAUGGAAAUAAAACCUACUUGCGGAUUCUUAGUCAAUACAGGCUUCUGGGAAUGGCUAAUACUGAGCUUCAGUUUGAAAUGGCAAUGAGAGAUCAAAUCAUCCACAACCAACGAGAAGCACAAAGAAACCUGUGGAACUUGCUCAUGGGAUUAGGACUUGAAGAGAAACAUUUGUUGGACUUUGCAGUUAAACAUGGAAUAAUAAUUGAAGAUUGGAUGAUGAUGCCCCAUCUUGGGAUUUCAGAUAAGAAGCAAUCCUCAGUUUCUGCUUUUGGCAGAUAUGUUCCAAUGGGAUAUAGUCAGUGCUCUAGUCAAUCAUUUUCUGGAUCUUGCAUCUUCCAACACUAUCAAGAUUUUGGUUCAAGAUCAUUUUCCAGGGGGCCUUGGGAUGCCAGUGGUACUUUUUGCAGGGAAGAGCACCAUAGUUCCUAUUACAUGCUGUCUAAUGAUCUAUCCCCUCCUGCAUAUCUGAGGCUGAGGAAGAGUGCUAACCAUUGGAUUGGUGGUGCCCCAGAUUCCUGGUUUGGCACACCUGCUAAGCGUCCUCAAAAUUUGCGCAGUUCAUGCCCAGAGCUGAGAAAUUGGACUUCCCCUUGUUGCGAAGGCUUCCCAUCAGGUUCAUCUCUCAGUGCUGAUUUAAGCUAUCAGCAUAAGGAAACAUGGAACAAUGCUUCAAGGCAACAUCUAUAUAAGAGUCCUAAUGCUGGAAUGAGUGGCGGCCAAACAAUGAUGGGUAAUGGUGGAACAGCUCGAGGUUCCUCGGCACAGCUCUCAGGUCUGCACAGCUCAAACCAUAUUUUUCAGCACACUGAACCCUCUAGUGGCCCAAAUAUAUCACAUGUUCCUUCAUUUGCUACUGCGGGAACAAAUCUCUUUUGUAACCCCUAGUUCUGACACCAAAAUUCACCCCUUAAAUUUUGUAUAGAUGUCUUGCUUUUUCAGUAUCCUUUGUAUGCUAUUCUUUUGAUUUUUGCCCCCAUCAGUUGUACAUAUCAAGAGUAGCAUAGGAUAGGAGUAUUGUCAAUGUAGAGCAGGUGGCAGUUGAUUCUUUUGCUUCCCUUUUCAGAGGAAGGAUAAAGGUUUAGUUUGUAAUUAGUAAUUAGUUGGAUAUACCCUUACAUGCGAAGUUGCUAGCAUGUUGAAUGUAGUAGUCAUUAGGGGUGUAAAAUUUCGGUUCAGGGUUUGCUGAAAUUUCAGUACGGAUUUGAUUUGAUUUUUUAUUGUUUUAAUUCUGAUUCGGUAUGAUAAUUAAUUUUUCGAUUCUCAA